AUGGUCCUGGCUCGGAUACACGCAGACCUCAUCCUUUGCCACCGUACGUCAAAGUCAUCUGGCAAGGAAACUUUAAUCAGAAGUACUACUUCACAAGGUGUGGUAGUCACUGAUGGUGCAAGAUGGGAGGAUGUUGAAGGUAGGUUAAAUAAUUGUCUUUAGACUUCGGGGUUUAGCGAUGAACGCGGUGUAGUUCUAGUCUUCUAGGAAACCGUAUUCAUCUAAAGCGAUGUUUAGAUAAACACGAUGCUCUCAUAAACAUGAUGUUAUUUGUCUGUUCGUAUAUUGUGUAGUGUAUUUAUUAAGUCUAUGAAUUUCGUCUCCCACAGUUCAGGCCAGCGGUUCAACAGUACGUGGCGAUCAAGUUAAUACUUCACGUAAUUCAAAUCCCGGUAGCAAUGGACAGAAGUUGUCAAAAUUCCAACCACCUGAUGCGGAUGACGAAAACCAAUGGUUAUGCACUCAUUACAAACGACGUUGUUACGUCAAAUUUGAAUGUUGUACCAAGUUUUGGCCAUGUCACCGUUGCCAUAACAACCAAACUACGUGUGGCAGGAGGAAGCUUGAGUCACAUGACGCGAAACAGCUUAAGUGCGCUGCUUGCGGUCAAGAACAGCCGGUAUGUUAA